UGCACAAAGGAGAGAUUUCAGUCUCGUUCAGGCGCAACUCCAACGAUGACAAGCCUCAAAAGAUAUCUCACGGCUGAUGGACCAGAUUCGAACUUGUCAAGUAAAGUGUACGUGCGAACGACGAGAAAGGGCCAGGUUCAAAAGAUCGUCCGCGAAGUCUACCUUCGGCAGGAUAUCCCGUGCUCAUCAAAGCUAUGUACAAUCUGUCCUUCCAUCGCCCCAAGAAGCCAUGGUCACGAAGCCCAAACUUUCGUUCUCUCUGAAAGUCCAAUAGGCACCAAAGCCUUUCCACAUGGCCAUUACCUAAUUCCCGAUACAAAUGCUUUCAUCAAUGGCAUGGACGUAUUUGAAGUCGAUAACGCUUUCAAAGAUGUCAUCGUUCUACAAACCGUCCUUGAAGAAGUAAAGAACCGAUCUCUUCCACUCUAUCAUCGACUGGUCAAUCUUACCAAUAAUGAAGACAAGCGUUUUUAUGUCUUUUUCAAUGAAUUCAGAAAGGAAACUCAUGUCGAGCGGAAUCAAGGAGAGUCGAUUAAUGAUCGUAAUGAUCGGGCUGUGCGACAGUCUACUGCAUGGUACAUAGAGCAUCUAAAGCAAGCUGUUGGGGUAAAGGCUUCGCACAUUCCAGCCAUCGUAAUGAUUAGCGAUGACCGAACUUGCCUGGAAGCGAGCAAAAAAGAAGGAAUCGACGCAUUAUCGCUACGUGACUACAUCUCAGGCUUGCCAAAUGCCGACGAUCUCAUCGAUAUGGUCGCAACGAGCAAGACAACACAAGCGGCAGACAAGCGACCCGAAAUGAUCUACCCAGAGUACUUCUCAAUGGCAAAAAUGCUUACUGGUAUCAAGGCUGGCACGCUUCAUCAAGGAACCUUUAAUGUGUCACCGUACAACUAUCUUGAAGGUUCGGUCUUUGUGCCAGCAUUCGAAAAACCUCUCAUCAUUUUGGGUCGAGAAAACAGUAACCGUGCAAUUUCAGGGGAUACUGUCGUUGUUGAAGUCCUCCCGCAAGACCAGUGGAAGGCUCCUUCAAACCAAGUCAUCGAAGAAGAAGCAUUAAAUAAGAACGAUAACGCCGAAGCAGGUGAGAAUGAAACGAUCGUCACGGAACGUGAGCGCCGUGCACUACAGGAAGAGGUUAAGAGAGCUCACAGUAAGAAUAUGGAAGGUCGUGCCCAGCCGACUGCUCGUGUUGUAGGAGUUAUCAAACGGAAUUGGCGACAAUAUGUUGGUCACGUGGAUAGAGACUCUGUUCGAUCGUGGAACAAGCAAAGCCGGACCCAGCAGACAGUCUUUGUCAUUCCUAUGGACAAGCGUAUUCCAAAGGUUCGAGUACGGACGCGCCAAGCUGGAGAGCUUGUCGGUAAGCGGGUACUCAUCACGAUCGAUUCGUGGGAAAGAGAAUCACGGUACCCCAUUGGUCAUUUCGUGCGGAAUCUUGGCGAACUAGAAAACAAGGGAGCUGAGACAGAAGCUUUAUUGCUCGAAUUCGAUGUGCAAUAUCGCCCAUUCCCAAAGACUGUGCUAGAUUGCUUACCUCCUGAAGGGCAUGACUGGCGUGUUCCUGCCAUCGGGGAUCCAGGAUGGAAGGGUCGUGAGGACUUUCGUGAUCUGCUUGUUUGCAGUAUCGACCCGCCGGGCUGUGUUGAUAUCGACGAUGCGCUGCACGCACGCAAGUUGCCGAAUGGUAACUAUGAAGUUGGGGUACACAUUGCAGACGUAUCGCACUUUGUAAAGCCGAAUACGGCUAUGGAUAAGGAAGCAAGUAUACGAGGUACAACGGUGUAUCUUGUAGACAAGCGAAUCGAUAUGCUACCCAUGUUACUGGGUACAGACCUUUGUUCACUGAAACCAUAUGUCGAACGCUACGCAUUUAGCGUAAUAUGGGAACUGACACCAGACGCCGAUGUUGUCUCAGCACGGUACACGAAGUCUGUGAUCCAAUCGAAAGAAGCGUUCAGCUACGAGCAAGCUCAACUCAGGAUAGAUGACAAAUCUCAAAAAGACGAUCUCACGAAUGGGAUGCGCAUAUUGCUGAUGCUAUCGAAGAAGCUUAAGCAAAAGCGUAUGGAUGCUGGUGCUUUGAACCUCGCGUCGCCUGAAGUCAGAGUGGAGACCGAGAGCGAAACGUCUGAUCCAAUCGAUGUCAAGACAAAGCAGCUACUCGCAACGAACUCGCUUGUUGAAGAAUUCAUGUUGCUCGCUAACGUCUCUGUUGCUGCUCGAAUAUAUCGCGCGUUCCCUCAGACAGCUCUUCUCCGACGCCAUGCAGCUCCGCCAAAGACAAAUUUCGAGGAACUGGCCAACCAGCUCAAAGUCAAGAAAGGCAUAGAGCUUCGCUGCGAGACAUCACGAGCACUCGCAGAUUCACUUGAUCAAUGUGUUGACCCGAGCGAGCCGUUCUUCAAUACAAUGAUACGUAUUCUAGCUACACGAUGCAUGAUGUCAGCGGAAUAUUUCUGCGCUGGUACACAAGGUUAUUCGGAGUACAGACAUUAUGGGCUAGCAAGUGAGAUAUACACGCAUUUUACAUCGCCUAUCCGCCGUUAUGCAGAUCUAGAGGUGCAUCGACAGCUCGCAGCAGCCAUUGAAUACGAGGCGUUGGACCCUAGCCUGAACAAUAAAUCCAAACUUGAAGCCGUUUGCAAGAAUAUCAAUGUUCGACAUCGUAACGCUCAACUCGCCGGCCGUGCUAGCGUGGACUACUACGUGGGCCAAGCGCUAAAGGGUCGAACGCUAGAUGAAGACGGCUUCGUCAUGCGAGUCUUUAACAACGGUUUCACGGUAAUUGUUCCUAGAUUUGGAAUUGAACGCCUCAUUCGACUCAGAGAUCUGGCAUUGCCUGAACCCGAAGGAGAUCUUGACGCUGAGAAUUACGUGUUGAGGUACCGUGGUUCAAAGAACGGACAGGUUGAGUUAUUCCAGAAGGUCAGAGUUCGAAUCAGUGACGAGUUGGAGGAGUCGACUGGUAAGAGGACCAUCAAGCUCAGCCUAGCGUAGCCGCGCUUGCACGUGUUGACUAGAGCGUAACGCGACAAGCGCUUGGGCUGUAGCGCCGACUUGCGCAAACAUCUUCGAAGAAAAGAGGCUGGCCUGGUUUAAGGUCUGAAUCGCACUGACUUUAGCCAAAGAUGACUCGUGCUUGCGCUGGGAUGGCCAGCAUCUUCUCCAAGUAACACGAGUUGUGGCAACUUGAGAACAAACGGGAUUCAAAGGGCCAUGACACAAGAAACUUCAGAGGUGAUGGAGAUUGUGUUGGGAUAUAACUCAAAUUUGGCGUCGUAAAGACAAGACUUCGUCCUUAAAUUAAAAUACAUUGUGCUUCUUCCAA